UCGACAAAAUAGUUGGUUAAAAUGGGCAGCCUCGUCCUCGUUCUAAAUGUUAUUCUUGUUUAUCUUCAUCACUGCCCUUUAAGUGCUCAUGGAAUAAGCGAAUGUUCAAAUAAAGUUAUUCAAAGUCCCGAUUAUGGACGACAGUAUCCACCGAAUCUGAGAUGCUCGUGGAUUCUGACAUCCAAUGACAGCAACACAAUCAUUCAAUUUACAGCUGAAAAUCUCGAACUGGAGGAAUGUAGCCGCUGUAGUUGUGAUUACCUUGAGAUCUUUGAUGGCUCUGAUGAGACAAAAAGCUUGGGAAGAUAUUGUAAAGGAGAUAUACGUUUGUUCUCCACUGGGAGUAAUAUGUUAAUUCGAUUUCACACAGAUAAAAGAGGCAGUGGUAGAGGAUUUACUGCAUCUCAUAAGAAUGUCUCUAAAACAGACGUGUGUUCAAGAGCCAAUUCACUGAUCACAGUUCAAUACCCAGCGUACGGAAACAUAAUGUGUGAAUGGUUAGUUAAGGCAUCGCCAGGACACAGCAAAGUUGCUUUAGAGAUUUCGAAGUUAAGUUUUCAAUCCGCAUGUUCAGACUGUGGUUGUGGAAGUGUAGAAGUAUAUGAUGGGAAAUCUUCAUCGGAUGUAAAACUUGGAACCUGGUGUACACAUCCCGAGGUUCCGAAAUAUUUAAUUUCUGAUGGCAGUUAUUUAUUAAUUAAAUUCGUCGUGGAAUACCGCUCCUCGGGUCAUGACUUUGAAGCGCAUUAUGAAAAACUUAAAGAAAAUAAAGUUUGCCCAGAACCUGAAGAAAAUAGAGGAGAAAUAAAAACCUAUGCAUAUCCUCUGAAUUACCCAGGAAAUAUUCAAUGUAUUUGGACACUUCAAGCUCCAGUAAACCACGAGAUUAGAUUAACAAUUGCUACAGUUUCCUUCCCGUCUUGUAAAACUCCAGAAUCGUCGAAAGACUACAUUGAUGUUUACGAUGGCGACACUAAAUUCGCUAAAAAAAUAAUUGAAAAAUUAUCUCAGUGUUCGUUACCCAAAACAGUCGAUUUGAUUUCAAGUACGAACCAGUUGUUGGUGGAAUUUACCUCGAAAUCGUGGAAAGGAAGUAAAGGAUUUGAAGGAACAUACGAGUCAAUUCCUAAGGAUAAAGUUUGUGAUGGGGAUGGAAUACUUCGAGCAAGCGCAACCAUGGAAAAGUCAAUCGCCAGCCCAAUUUACCCCAAACAUUAUUUGGGUAACAUGAAAUGCUCUUGGCUAAUCCAAACUGAACCCGGAUCUGUUAUCAGAUUUAGCGUACAAAAUAUUGAUUUUCAAGACUGCAAAGAUUGCGCAUGUGACUAUAUUGAAAUAUACGAUGGUACAACAGAUCAAAGCAAGUCGUCUGGCAGGUGGUGUAAAAAUACAGCCGAGCUCCUCUCCAGUGGUCAAAAUAUGUACAUUGUGAUGAAAACUGACACAUUUUGGUCCUAUAAAGGUUUUAAAGCUACUUAUAAGGCUAUUCCAGAAUCAAGAGUUUGUCCAGGAAGUGGAAUACGCGUUUCUGCCUCAGGUUCAAUACAAAGUCCAGGUUUCCCUAAUCACUAUUCGGGAGGUCUGUCGUGUGAAUGGACGAUAAUCGCUAAUCCAGGGUACAAAGUUUAUCUUAUUGCAUCAACGCUUAAUCUACAAGAUUGCGCACGUUGUGAAUGUGAUAAGAUUACGAUGUAUGACGGUAAUUCUUCAAAUGGCAAAGCUCUUGGAGAUUGGUGCACGUCAUCUUUAAAUGUGAUUUCAAGAGAGCGAGAUCUACAUAUUGUCUUCACAAGCAAUUUCGAUUUUAUUGGUGGAGGAUUUCACGCUAAAUAUGUCUCAAUUAAAGACGAGGAAGUAUGUCCAUUGAGUAUGUCAAAAGAUGGCACCAAUGGAAAUAUUCACACCAUGAAUUAUCCAAAUCCAUGCCCUGGCAACAUGAAUUGUAUACGGCGUAUUAACGGUCAAUCUGAUGAUGUCAUCAGACUUCAAUUCGAUCCUGAUUCGCGAAUUGGUCACAAGGACAUUCUGAAUCUCUACGAUUCAGGUCCCUCAUCAGAGUGGCUUCCUUUCCAACGAUGGUCCAGCAACGACCUCCCCGAUUUCAUAUUCACUUCUGGUCCACGAUUGCAAGUAGAAUUUCAAACAGACGUAAAAUCAGACUCGAAUGGAUUCAAGGCAUCAUUUCGCUUUAUUAAGAAGAAUACGGGCUGUGACGGGACAGGGACACUAACAAAGAGUACUGGCAACAUGAAAAGCCCGAGAUAUCAGUACGGAAAGCAUCAAAUCUUCUUCUGCCAAUGGUUGAUACAAGCGCCUAGGAAAUACAACAUUCGUCUUACCCUGACAUACCGGACCACUUCUAUUAUCAGUAAUUAUAACUCCACAUGCUUCAACCAUUUUGUUGAAGUUUUUAACGGCUCAUAUCCGACGAAUACAUCACUCGGUCGUUUCUGUGAAACUAUGAUUUCUCAAACGAUCAUCAUCAGCAGUUCGUCGACCUAUGUUAUGCUUUGGGUAGAUUCUAACUUGAAUGCAAAUGAAAGGCCAAUGUUUUCAGCUGAUUAUGAGUUAAUGUUAAAACCAGAUGCAAAAGAAGGCACGAAAUCAGAGAGUUCAUUAGGUGCUGGAGCUAUUAUUGGAAUUAUACUAGGCUGUAUUAUUACCCUCUUGCUUGUCGCAUUGCUUACGUUCUAUUACCGAAAUGAAAUAUGCCGGGUCCUAAUGAACUUAAUCCAUCAAUGUUCAAACCAAGUUAUUCAAAGUCCCGAUUAUGGAAAAACGUAUCCACCGAAUCUAAACUGUUCUUGGGUUCUCACAUCCAAUGACAGCAACACAAUCAUUCAAUUCACAGCUGAAAAUCUCGAACUGGAGGAAUGCAGCCGCUGUAGUUGUGAUUACCUUGAGAUCUUUGAUGGCUCUGAUGGAACAAAAAGCUUGGGAAGAUAUUGUAAAGGAGAUAUACGUUUGUUUUCCACAGGGCGUCGUAUGCUGAUUAUUUUUCACACAGAUGCAAUAGGCGGAGAUAAAGGAUUUACUGCAUCUUAUAAGAAUGUCUCCAAAAUGGACGUGUGUUCCAGAACCGAAUCAUACCUGAGAGUUCGAUACCCAGCGUACGGAAACAUAAUGUGUGAAUGGCUAGUUGAUGCAACGCCGGAACAUAACAAAGUUGCUUUGGAGAUUUCAAAAUUAAGUUUCCAAUCAUCAUGUUCAGACUGUGGUUGUGGAGGUGUAGAAGUAUAUGAUGGGAGAUCUUCAUCGGAUGUAAAACUUGGAGCAUGGUGCAAACAAGCUGAAAUUCCAGAUUUUUUAAUCUCCGAUGGUAGUUACUUAUUUAUCAAAUUCGUGACGGGAUCCCACACCUUAGGUCAUAACUUUGAAGCAAAAUAUAAAAAACUUAAAGAAAACAAAGUGUGUUCCAAUACCCCAACAUCACAAAAUUCUAAUGGUACUCUGAAGAGUUACGACUACAAGUCCAAAUACAUUUCCCUUUCAAAUACUUUGUCUUGUUCCUGGCAACUAAGAGUCGACGAUGGCUACCUUAUUCGCAUAACUGUGAAAAUUCUUGAUUUUGGUGGUUGUGAAAUAUGCGGUUUGUUGAAGAUAUUCGAUGGUAAAACAGAAUCUAGUACAAAGCUUGGUGAAUGGACAAAGGAAAAGCCAGAUCUCGUGUCGAGUUCAAAUAACGUGCUCAUCACAUAUAAUACAAAUCGGUUUGCAGAAACUGAUGGACUGGAAAUUAAAUAUGAACCAAUCAGAGCCAACAAUAUUUGCCCAGAACCUAAAAAAAAUAAAGGAGAAAUAAAAACCUAUGCGUAUCCUCUGAAUUACCCAGGAAAUUUUGAGUGUACUUGGACACUUCAAGCUCCAAUAAACCGCGUGAUUAGAUUAACAAUUGCUACAGUUUCCUUCCCGUCUUGUAAAACUCCAGAAUUGUCGAAAGACUACAUUGAUGUUUACGAUGGCGACACUAAAUUUGCCAAAAAAAUAAUUGAAAAACUUUCUCAAUGUUCGUUACCCAAAACAGUCGAUUUGGUUUCAACUACGAACCAGUUGAUGGUGGAAUUUACUUCGAAAUCGUGGAAAGGAAGCAAAGGAUUUGAGGGAAAAUACGAGUCAAUUCCUAAGGCUGAAGUUUGUGAUGGGGAUGGAAUACUUCGAGCAAGCACAACCAUGGAAAAGUCAAUCGCCAGCCCAAUUUACCCCGAACAUUAUUUAGUUUGUCCAGGAAGUGGAAAACGUGUUGCUGCUUCAGGCUCAAUACAAAGUCCAGGUUUUCCUAAUCACUAUUGGGGAGGUCUGUCGUGUGAAUGGACGAUAAUCGCUAAUCCAGGGUACAAAGUUUAUCUUAUUGCAUCAACGCUUAAUCUGCAAGAUUGUGCACUUUGUGAAUGUGAUAAGAUUACGAUAUAUGAUGGUAUUUCUUCAAAAAUCCAUGCUCUUGGAGAUUGGUGCACGUCAUCUUUAAAUGUAAUUUCAAGAGAGCGAGAUCUACAUAUUGUCUUCACCAGCAAUUUUGAUUUAAUUGGUGGAGGAUUUCACGCUAGAUAUGUCUCAAUUAAAGACGAGGAAGCAUUGCCAUUAAGUCUGUCAAAAGAUGGUACUAACGGAAAUAUUCGCACCAUGAAUUAUCCAAAUGCAUACCCUGGUAACCUGGAUAGUACACAGAGUAUUAGUGGUCAAUCUGAUGAUGUCAUCAGACUUCAAUUUAUUCCUGACUCACAAUUUGGUCACAAGGACAUUCUUCAACUUUAUGAUUCGAGCAUUUCAUCAGAAUGGCUUCCUUUCCAACGUUGGUCCAGCAACGACCUCCCCGAUUUCAUAUUCACCUCUGGUCCAAGAUUGCUGGUGAAAUUUCAAACAGAUCCAAAAUCAAACGCUAAAGGAUUCAAGGCACUUUUUCGCUUCAUUAAGAAGAACGCAGGAAUCUUAGCUUGA